UCUACACCGCCGUGCUGUCAUGGCCCCAAUUGCAAGUAAGUUGACGCCGCGCUCGUCGGCUGUCAUUACAGCUUCAGGAUUUGCACUUGCCUUUUUGUAUCGUAUUCUAUCGCAACGUCUUCACAAUAAAAAAAAUGAAGAAAUUGAGGUUGUCAUUCCACAGAAAGAUGAAAAGAAAGAAAAGCCAGCAGUGGACCAGAUUUUUCUUGCGCGGCUGAUAAAGAUUUUGAAGAUUAUGAUUCCAGGCUGGCUGUCUAUUGAGUCAUGGUACCUUGUGAUGGUUGCUCUUUCUUUGAUUGCUCGGACAUAUGCUGAUGUAUGGAUGAUCCAAAAUGGUACAGCGAUUGAAAGUGCCAUUAUUGGUAGAGAUUUGGAACUUUUCAAAAUUCACUUGUUCCGAUUUAUUUAUGCAAUGCCAGCUGUUUCUGCUACAAAUAAUUUAUUGAAAUAUGGACUCAGCAAACUAAAGCUCCACUUCAGAGUUCGAUUGACAAACCAUCUAUAUGAGAAAUAUUUAAAAGGGUUCACAUUUUACAAGAUGAGUAACCUUGAUAAUCGUAUUUCAAACCCUGAUCAACUCCUCACUCAAGAUGUAGAGAAAUUUUGUAACUCUGUCGCUGAUUUGUACUCCAACUUAAGUAAGCCUGUUAUGGAUGUAAUCAUCUACAGCUUGAAACUGACCAAUAGUAUUGGAAUUCAGGGUCCAGCAACAAUGUUAUUGUACCUAGCUAUAUCUGGUUUACUCCUUACACGUGUACGCCGUCCGGUUGCUAAGCUGACAAUGAAAGAGCAGCGUCUGGAAGGAGAAUAUCGAUAUGUAAACACCAGGUUAAUCACUAACAGUGAAGAAGUAGCCUUCUACCAAGGGAAUAAACGAGAGCACAACAUCAUUAUUGCAACUUUUAAGAAAAUGGUUAGCCAUGCAAAUUCCUUCAUAUUCUUCCGUAUGCAAAUGGGUUUCAUUGAUAGUAUCAUUGCCAAAUAUGUUGCAACUGUUUGUGGAUAUUUGGUGGUAAGUCGUCCAUUCCUGAACCUUGCUCAUCCACGCCAUCUGCACAGCACCAAAAGUGAACUCCUGGAGGACUAUUAUAAAAGUGGGAGAAUGCUGGUCAAAAUGGCAGAAGCUACUGGACGAAUUGUACUAGCCGGACGUGAAAUGACUCGAUUAUCAGGAUUCACUGCCCGAGUAACAGAGUUGAUGCAAGUUCUUGAUGAACUCAAUAAAGGAUCAUAUAAACGCACAAUGGUAAUUGAAAAUGGUUUGAACAGACCAUUCCCACUAAAACCUGGCAGUGGCAAAAUUAUUUUCAAAGAUCACAUGAUUAUGUUUGACAAAGUUCCGUUAGUGACACCUAAUGGCGAUGUUCUAAUCAAGGAGAUGACUUUUGAGGUACAUUCUGGCAUGAAUGUUCUGGUAUGUGGUCCAAAUGGAUGUGGAAAAAGUUCUUUGUUCCGUACUCUUGGAGAAUUGUGGCCAUUGUUUGGUGGAACAUUAAUUAAACCAGAUAAACGGAAACUCUUUUACGUGCCUCAGCGACCCUAUAUGGCUGUUGGCUCACUCCGGGAACAAAUGAUAUACCCAGAUGUUUAUGUAGAUCAAAGGGCAAAGAACAUUAGUGAUGCUCAACUAGAAGAUAUUUUGGAAAAGGUUCAGUUAGGGUAUUUACUGGAGAGAGAAGGUGGUUGGGAGUCGGUGAAGGUUUGUUGGCUGUUUUUACAUCAUUUUUUUGUAACCUAUUAGUAACAUUUUAAUCUC